UCCUCCUCUUUUUACUAAUCAUAUACAUUUUUGUUAUACAGUUCGAUUGCUAUUUCCUGGUUGAUCUAUCGUUCUAUUUUGCAGGAUUUGUAUUUGUUUCUCUGUUUUUGUUUUUGUGUGUUUUGAUAUAAUGGAUGCAGGAGGAUCUUUCAGUAUGUUAAACAAGUCUCCAUCUAGAAAUCCAUUGCAAGAACAUGUCCUCCACAGAAGAAACUCUAAAGAAAACGGAUGUUCUUGUUAACUUCACUCUAAGAUUUUUAGAUAGGAUCUUUCUUAAUCUAGUUUAUUUAAAAAAAUUCUUUGGGUUUUGUGGAGUUGGACAGGUUUAUCCCCAACAGAUCGGCGAUGGAUUUUGACUACGCUCACUACAUGCUAAUGGAAGCAAGGAAAGGUAAGGAAAAUCCUGUUGCAAGUUCUCCGGCGAAAGAGGCUAACAGGAAGCAGCUUGCAGAGGCUUUGAACCUAAACAGAAGCAGAAUUCUCGCUUUCAAGAACAAGCCACCUAUACCUGCGGAGUCGCUGCUCCCUGAAACUGCAUCGGUUCAACAAGCAAAGCCGACAAAGCCCCGAAGAUCCAUUCCUCAAACUUCAGAGAGGACAUUAGAUGCUCCAGAGAUUAUUGAUGAUUACUACUUGAAUCUGCUAGAUUGGGGUAGCAGCAAUGUCCUGAAGCAGCAAUGGUCUGCUUCAGGACAACAAUUAGCAAGUGGAGGGAAUGACAACCUUCUUCAUAUUUGGGAUAGAUCAGUUGCUUCUUCGAACUCUCCUACACAAUGGCUUCACAGACUCGAAGACCACACUGCUGCCGUGAAAGCUCUUGCUUGGUGUCCAUUCCAGGCUAAUUUACUUGCUUCUGGGGGUGGUGGAGGCGAUAGAUGUAUUAAAUUCUGGAACACCCAUACUGGAGCUUGCUUGAAUUCUGUUGAUGCUGGAUCACAAGUGUGUUCUUUGCUGUGGAACAAAAAUGAGAGACAACUUUUGAGCUCUCAUGGGUUCACUCAAAACCAAUUGACCCUUUGGAAAUAUCCAUCAAUGGUUAAGAUUGCUGAGCUUACUGGUCACACUUCAAGAGUUCUAUACAUGGCUCAGAGUCCAGAUGGAUGUACUGUAGCAUCUGCGGCUGGGGAUGAAACUCUAAGAUUUUGGAAUGUAUUUGGGACACCUGAGUUGGUUAAACCUGCAACCAAAGCCAAUCCAGAGCCGUUUGCCCAUUUUAAUCGCAUCCGUUGAUAUCUCUCCAGUGACAUGGCUGAAACUAGUUGUGCGAUGAAUCAGACUUGUUUUACUGUGACUUGUUAGAUAAAAUGCUAUAGCAGAAAACCCUUCUACUCCAAAUUGGGGUAUAAAAUCUGUAAACUUGACUAGCAAUAUGUUGUGGUCAGUUGACAAAAUGAUUGUCGCAGUCUGUUGGCUGUGUAGUUGGAGGAAACCAGUUGCUGCAAAUGUUACCAUAUCAAACCCUGGUAGUGUAUUUUGAGACUAAUUCUUGCGAUUGUUCGGCCUUGAAGUUCUUCCUUACCUUCCUUUUGAGAGUUCGAGUACUUUGUACAGUUUGAUAUGUAAUAGUGCACAAUUGUGUAAUAAUACUUCUUGUAUUCAUCUACAUCCCAUAUUAAGAUUCAAUGAAAAUUUGAA